AGUCAUUAAUAUGUAAUCCAGGCUUUGCAUAUUCAGUAGGACGUGCUGCCAGAUCGGGCACAGGGAACGGGCGCUUGCUGUUAUGCUGCUUGUGCGAGAGAAGGGAGAAGAAACGUGUGGAUUGUGGGAUAGCUGAAAGCUUGCCUGUGUCUUACAGCAAACAAAACGCAAUGAAAAGGAGUACACUCUGUUUUUAUUUUUCUACAGUGAACUGAGUUGUUUUUUUUAAGUGAGUGUUUGGAAUCUCGCUGCGUCCCCUGUUUUAAUGGGACAGAGGAACGUGAAUAGGGAAAGGUGUUUACUAGCUUAUCUAAUGCGGCAAGUCUGCACUAAGCUACCAGCCUAAUGUGGAUUUAAGGGAAACAAGACUUGUUUUUGACAAUAUAUUUUGGUUUUAAGGACAACACGGCAAAUUAAGAACAAGCUGGAUUAUGUUUGGCUUCAAUCGUGUGUUUUUAUUUAUUUAUUUGUAUUCCCAUUUCUAAAUAGAACAUACGUACAUUAGCCUGCUUGAUUUCAUUGUGCUAUAUCGGACUAGAAAACAACACUGAAAAAACAAACCAAGGAGAUAGCAAGGCUCGACUGUUACGCUGUGUUACUAGUACAAACUAACUCUGAGAAUGCUGCUUGCACGUAUCCUGUGUUCGGGAUUGAUAUUGAUUUGUGGAAGCGCUGCAGGGCAAGGCGACUCUUCCCCGGUUCCUUGCCCGGCUCCGUGCCGGUGCGACGGGGAUGGAGGUGCAGAUUGCUCUGGUAAAGGACUGACCACCGUUCCAAUGGGGCUAAGCGCCUUCACCUACUAUCUGGAUAUCAGUAUGAACAACAUCACAGAGCUGCCUGCCGAAGUCUUCAGAAACCUCCCAUACUUGGAAGAACUGCGCUUGGCUGGCAAUGAUCUCGCCUUCAUCCACCCCAAGGCCUUGUCUGGGCUGCACCAGCUCAAAGUCCUGAUGCUGCAGAACAAUCAGCUGAAGACUGUCCCCAGCAAGGUGCUGAAAGGACUGACCUCGCUGCAGUCCCUGAGACUGGACGCUAAUCACAUCACGAUGGUCCCGGAGGACAGCUUCGAGGGUCUUGGGCAGCUGCGUCAUCUGUGGCUGGAUGAUAACAGCCUGACAGAGGUCCCGGUCGGUCCGCUCAGUAACCUCCCCUCCCUGCAGGCUCUGACACUGGCACUCAACAGAAUCUCAAAUAUCCCGGACCGGGCCUUCGCAAACCUCUCCAGCCUGGUAGUGCUACACCUUCAUAACAAUAAAAUUCAACAGAUAGGAGACCAUUGCUUUGCUGGAUUAGACAACCUGGAAACACUGGACCUGAACUACAACAACCUGAUUGAGUUUCCUGGAGCAAUCAAAUCCCUGCCAAACCUCAAAGAGCUGGGAUUUCACAGUAACAACAUAGCCGUGAUCCCUGAAGGUGCUUUCAACAGAACCCCACUCCUAAGAGCGAUACACUUGUACGAUAACCCACUUUCUUUUGUGGGCAGCUCGGCUUUUCAGAACUUGUCAGAACUGCACUCCCUGGUUGUCCGAGGUGCUGGCAUGGUGCAGUGGUUUCCCAACCUGACUGGCACAGUGAACCUGGAGAGUAUAACUUUGACUGGAACUAAGAUAAGCAGUAUUCCCGUUACCUUGUGUCAGGAUCAUAAGAGACUCCGCACCAUGGACCUGUCGUACAACGAGAUAAGUGAUCUCCCAAGCUUCCAAAACUGUGCCAACCUGGAAGAAAUAGCCUUACAGCACAAUCAAAUCAAAAACAUCAAGGCAGACACAUUUCAAGGAUUGGCUUCCCUCCGCUUGCUAGACCUCAGCCGAAAUGAGAUCAGCUCAGUUCAAAGAGAUGCUUUCAUAUCUCUCUCUGCGUUAACUAACCUGGACCUAAGUUUCAAUGAGCUGAACUCCUUACCAACUGCGGGCCUGACCGGACUGAAUCAGCUGAAACUAGCAGGCAAUCUGGCGCUGAAAGGGUUACUGGCAGCCAAGGACCUCCAGAAACUCAGGGCUUUGUCAGUGCCCUAUGCCUACCAGUGCUGUACGUUUGGUGGAUGCGAUUCCUACUUGACUACCAAUGUGGAAGAUCCCAGUAAACAGGAUGGCAGCCUUAAAAAAACAGGUGAUAUAAUCCAUGAAGAUGAAGGGGAAAUAAUUCAGCUGUCUGUGCACUGUACACCUUCUCCAGGCGCUUUUAAGCCGUGUAAGCACUUGCUGGGCAGCUGGAUGAUUCGCCUCACGGUUUGGUUCAUCUGCCUGGUGGCACUGGUGUUUAACAUCCUGGUCCUCAUCACGACCUUCGCCCCCUGCAGCGCUGUGUCCUCUGCCAAGCUUUUCGUGGGCCUGAUCGCCGCCUCCAACGUGUUGAUGGGUGCAUACAUGGGCAUGCUGAGCGGGCUGGAUGCAGCGUCCUGGGGCCGCUUUGCAGACUACGGGGUCUGGUGGGAGACGGGCGUUGGCUGCCGGGCCACAGGCUUCCUGGCUAUCUUCUCCUCAGAAGCCUCCAUCCUCUUCCUCACCCUGGCAGCCAUCGAGCGCAGCGUCUCUGUGAAGGACAUCCUGAAGAAGGGCAAGAGCUGCCGGCACAGGCAGUUCCAGGUGGCGGCGGGACUGGUCGGCCUCUUCGCCAUGGUGGCGGCUUGCCUGCCCCUCUUCCACGUGGGCGAGUUUUCCUCCUCCCCUCUCUGCCUGCCCUUCCCCACAGGCGAGACUCCCUCCCUGGGCUUCACGGUCACCCUGGUCCUCCUGAACUCUGUGGCCUACCUCCUGAUGGCCGUCAUCUACACCAAACUCUACUGCAGCCUCGAGAAGACAGAUGUGUCGGAGACGCUGCAGUCCAGCAUGAUCAAGCAUGUGGCCUGGCUCAUCUUCACCAACUGCAUCUUCUUCUGCCCUGUGGCGUUCUUCUCCUUCGCCCCUCUGGUCACAGCCAUUGCCAUCAGCCCGGAGAUCAUGAAGUCAGUGACACUCAUCUUCUUCCCCCUGCCGGCUUGCCUGAACCCCGUGCUCUACAUUUUCUUCAACCCCCAGUUCAAGGAGGACUGGAGACGGCUCAAACGCUGCGGCAGACGGAGGGACGGCAAGUCAGUGGGCACAGGUGCCGGCGGUCAGAACGGAUGCUCGGCGGGGCAGGAUUUCUACUACGACUGCGAUGUCUACGCUCAGCUGCAGGGCGGCAACCUGACCGUGUGUGACUGCUGCGAGUCGUACAUGCUCGCCAAGCCCAUGCCCUGUAAACACUUGGUAAAGUCACACAGCUGCCCGGCGCUGGCGGUGGUGCCCUGCCAGCGGGCGGACGGUUACUGGUCAGACUGCGGCACGCAGUCGGCCCAGUCGGAGUACGCGGACGAGGGAGACUCCUUUGUCUCGGACAGCUCGGAUCAAGUCCAGGCCUGCGGACGAGCCUGCUUCUACCAGAGCCGCGGCUUCCCUCUGGUCCACUAUUCGUACAAUAUUCCGAGAAUCAAAGACUAGAGCAAAGCCAGUACUAUUCAGAUACUUUAAUAUAAACCAUAAACACUAUGAAACGCAUAUAGUGUCUCUAUAUGCCAACGUUCAGGAAGCACUUUUGUAAUCACUAUGUGACUUGCCUAUUAAGAAGGGAAUUUGGCAAUACUUUUCUUUUUUUCUCUUGAGCCAUGAAUCUUUGUUUAACAAAACAAGUUUCCCGUUUUUUUUUGGUUUUUUUUGGUUUUGUUUUAAAUAAGGUUUUGGAUGUCGUUAACCCAGUCAUUGUAACUUUUGGGACUCCUUUGGAUUCACUUUGUUGGGAUAAUAAGUGUCUUCCUCUUCAGAAUGAUACGGUUGCCUUAGCAAAUGCUUUUUAUUUACAAUUUGAGGGACGUUCUGCUUUUGUUUUCAAUCCAAGUCUAAACGUAAAUUUCAAUUGAGAAACUGGGUACCUACCUCCUAACUUUAUGUAGAAUUAAAAAUGAAAUAGACAUUAGAUAAUGUAUUUCUUCAUGUAAUUCUGUGCUGAUUUGGUUAUAUCUAGGCUUUCUACUUUUCGAUAUUAAUCAGUUAAUGUCAAAUUCUCCAAAAAUUUGAGUUUGACAAAUAAAUUUAUAUAGGAUAAACUCUGGUAAAACCACUUGCUAUUUUUUUUUUUUUUACCAUAAAUAAUAAUUUAGAAAUCCUCUCUAGUUUGUAGUUUUUAUACUUGCUGUCUGUUCCAUCUCCGUUCCGCUCUGAAUGGUUAGGGGUCGCUGUCAGUCAUCUCAGUGGUCUGUUAGUACUGUAGUUUCACUGUCACUGCCAUUUCACCCUGUUCUGACAGAUCUCGUUGACUGAAGCAGCGCUAGAAUGCUCUCAUUCGUUCAAAUGACUGUCAAUCAUCAAGACCUGCACCGACUGUGCACUUUCAUUUGCCAGCUAUCGCGCCUGUCAUUCAAAGCGCCUACUUUGAAAUUAGCGGGUUAAGGUGUAGGUAAGCUUUUGCUAUAGGUAUACGGUGACAGUUACUAGUUUGAUUUGAAAAUGGGGCGAAGCGGGCCCACAUGCUUCUAAAGUAAACUCCCUCCUGGGACACUUCAUAUAAAAACAUUAUUCAGAAAAGUCCCUUAUUUGUGCUGUUCUGCCACAACACCUUGUGUUUGACAUUAGAUUUCCCCUCACUAUUCAUACAGACGUGCUCAAACUUGUUGGUACCCCUCCACAAAAAACAAAGAAUGCACAAUUUUCUCUGAAAUAACUUGAAACUGACAAAAGUAAUUGGCAUCCACCAUUGUUUAUUCCAUAUUUAAUAGAAAUCAGACUUUGCUUUAGAUUUUUUAUUCAGCAUAAUAUUGUAAAUAAUAAAACAAAUGAAAAUGGCAUGGACAAAAAUGAUGGGACCGCUAACCUAAUAUUUUGUUGCACAACCUUUAGAGGCAAUCACUGCAACCAAACGUUUUCUGUAGCUCUCAAUGAGACUUCUGCACCUGUUAACAGGUAGUUUGGGCCACUCUUCCUGAGCAAACUGUUCCAGCUGUAUCAGGUUUGAUGGGUGCCUUCUCCAGACUGCAAGUUUCAGCUCUUUCCAUAGAUGUUCGAUAGGAUUCAGAUCAGGACUCAUAGAAGGCCAAUUCAGAAUAGUCCAAUGUUUUGUUCUUAUCCAUUCUUGGGUGCUUUUAGCUGUGUGUUUUGGGUCAUUAUCCUGUUGGAGGACCCAUGACCUGCGACUGAGACAGAGCUUUCUGACACUGGGCAGUACGUUUUGCUCCAGAAUGCCUUGAUAGUCUUGAGAUUUCAUUGUGCCCUGCACAGAUUCAAGGCACCCUGUGCCAGGCGCAGCAAAGCAGCCCUAAAAACAUUACCGAGCCUCCUCCAUGUUUCACUGUAGGUAUGGUGUUCUUUUCUUUGAAAGCUUCAUUUUUUCGUCUGUGAACAUAGAGCUGAUUUGACUUGCCAAAAAGCUCCAGUUUUGACUCAUCUGUCCAAAGGAUAUUCUCCCAGAAGGAUUGUGGCUUGUCAAUAUGCAUUUUAGCAAAUUCCAGUCUGGCUUUUUUUUGUUUUUCUUUCAAAAGUAGAGUCCUCCUGGGUCUUCUUCCAUGGAGCCUACUUUCGCUCAAAAAGCGACGGAUGGUGCAAUCAGAAACUGACGUACCUUCACCUUGGAGUUCAGCUUGUAUCUCUUUGGCAGUUAUCCUUGGUUCUUUUUCUACCAUUCGCACUAUCCUUCUGUUCAAUCUGGGGUCGAUUUUCCUCUUGCAGCCGCGCCCAGGGAGGUUGGCUACAGUUCCAUGGACCUUAAACUUCUUAAUAAUAUUUGCAACUGUUGUCACAGGAACAUCAAGCUGCUUGGAGAUGGUCUUGUAGCCUUUACCUUUACCAUGCUUGUCUGUUAUUUUCUUUCUGAUCUCCUCAGACAACUCUCUCCUUUGCUUUCUCUGGUCCAUGUUCAGUGUGGUGCACACAAUGAUACCAAACAGCACAGUGACUACUUUUCUCCAUUUAAAUAGGCUGAAUGACUGAUUACAAGAUUGGAGACAUGUGUGAUACUAAUUAAAGAAACUAAUUAGUUUGAAAUAUCACUAUAAUCCAAUUAUUUAUUAUCUUUUCUAAGGGGUACCAACAAAUGUGUCCAGGCCAUUUUAGAAUAUCUUUGUAGAAUAAGCAAUAAUUCAUCUCUUUUCACAGCUUCUUUGCUUUAUUCUAUGACAUACCAAAGGCAUGCAAGUAUACAUGAUAAAAUAGCUUUUAAUUUAAUCACUUUUCAGGAGGAAUGAAGCAUUAUUUCAAUGAGCUUUAAGGGUACCAACAAAUUUGAGCACGUCUGUAUGUGAGAUCUUCAGAACUUGGCCUUUUUGAUUUGUAAAGAAACCAAAAUUGCAGUCAAACGCAAUUAUUUUAUACUGUAUUCAGAAACACGUAUGUGUUGCUGCUAACUUACUUUUUGCAAUCAUUCAGAAGGGUUUUUAUUGCAAUUAGUCAGAUGUGUUAUUAAUAUAGCCUGUGUUAAGGUGCUUUUUCUGUAGACAUAUGUAACACAUGCUACAUCAGCAAAAUCUCUCAUUAUAACAGUCGGCAACAGCCAUUUAACACCCACUGUGUUCUAAGCUUCGCUUUGUAUUGCUGUCACAGUAGCAGUUCUAAGUGACAUUGACUCUUAACAAUACACUGUCGGUUCUUUGAUCUAGUCUGUGUAACAGAUUGUAACGAUUGUAACGCGAUUGUAAUGUCUACGGUGAAAGAGAAUCUAGUAGCAACUAGAUCCGAGUUGUUCAGGCCAAAGCAUUUUAACAUAGACUAUAUCAAAAACUAAAAAAAAAAAUGAUAGUAAUGAAGUGUCAGCAUUUGGUAGAGGGGAGUCUCAGAGAAGUCUAGAAGACAACGUGCAGGUCUUGGAGAAUGUGGAUUCCCCAUGGAGGAACUAGGUGUACCGUACAGCUGUCCCAAUGUGCAGGAUAGCAACAGGGUCUAUCAAGUGCCAUUGCUGAACCUCUGCAGCUCUACAUACUCAUGUGUUUGUUGCUUCUGUUUUUAUUUUCAUAUUUGUCUCCAGUGUUGUGCUGUGUGCCAAAAGAGGCUGCAUUUCAUUUGAAAGAAUGUGGUCUCCUUUAGGGCAGCUUGUCUCUUAGGGUACAACAUGGUAGAAAUUGGGUUUGGCAUAUUACAAAUCAAUACUGCAGCCUAUAGCAAUGGCUAAAAUAGUGCAGCUGGUUUCUUUUUUUUCUGAAAGGACCAUUUAUUGGGUACACCAUACACAUCACCUUGUGGGUUUUAUUUAUUUUUUUUUUUUUUUGUCAACAGUAGUAUUGUAACUAUAUCUGGAAGACAAAACAUAAAAUGAACCAACAGCUUUUUAUCACAAUGACAAGGGAACCAAUGACAAGUUUGCUGAUGCUAAUGAGAAGUAAGAAUGGUUAGCUCCUUUAAUGGAUGGGACGCUCACUGCAACAGCCUUUGACGUUUAAUAAUAACAUUCCUGGAAAAGAAGAAACAGCAAGGUGUGAACUGUAUAUAAUGUGCAUCAAAUAAAUUCUUAACUUGUGGGGUGGGUGGGUGUGUGUGCGCGCGCGUGUGUGUUGUAAAUUAUUUGAUAGGUUAAAAAAAAAAAACAGUAAUAAAAAAAAAGACUAAAAUAAACCUAAUGGGAUACAUUGCAUAACAAUGGAAGCUACCUCCUGAACUGUUGUGGCUGCCAGUAGCAGGAUUGAAAAAUUGUGUUGUUUUUUUUUUCUAUAGAUGUUUGUGCUGUUGCUUUUGUAAAUAAAUCUGGUUGUAUAUUGUAACGCAAUUUUGGAAUUAUUGUAUAUUAAAACAAAAAAAAAAAUGUAGUUUAUAAAUGUGGAAGGGCUGGAUGUACUGUAUACUGUAAUUUUUGUAAACCAUUCAUAUAUAAAAGAAAAUCAUUGCUUUUAA